UAACGAUAUAUAUGAAUGAAUUGUUAAAGCAUUGCAUCGUUUGUUUUGUGACCAGAGUUUCGGUGAUAAUGAUUGUGAAGAUUGACAUCAAAUGUGAUUGUAUUUAAUAGUCGUUUCAAACCAUUUUAUUUGAGACAAUUGUUCAUCAAUUAAUUGUCGACAAACAUCUGCUUUUGUUUGCUCAAGAAGUAAACUAUAGACCUGUUAUCAACAAUGGAUAUAAUGCGACCAAAGUUGACCCGAAUCGGCGAUUUCUGUUUCAGACGACUUGAUAUUGUCAACGAUGGUGUCAUCGAUGACUAUAAUAACGAUCAUACGUUUUGUAUCAACAACUUUGAUGUGACCGCCGAUGACAUUAAGUGUGAAAAUAUGAAUGACUCGAAAUGCAAAUCAAAUGAUACAAAGCCAUCGAUUGAUGUGUUGGAAGCCAUGGAGUCCGAUGAGGACGACGACCAGAUUAUUGUCAUCGAUGGACGCUUUAGACUUAAGAUGAAUGUAUCCAAAAUGUUUCACAGAUUUAUUAUUGGCGAAAGAGGUCUUAAUCUUAAGCGUAUUGAGUCUUAUACCAGAACUCGUAUAAAUAUACCGAAAGUAAAUGUCAAGAGUGACGAAGUGGUGAUCACUGGAAAUAAUAAAUUAGAUGUAAAAGACGCUAAGCUUCGUAUUAAUGAGAUUGUGAUGAAAUCACGACAAAAGACAGAUUUCACACAUUUUGUGUCCAUUCCUUUCAAUGAUAAGUUGAUUAUUGAAGAGUUUGAUAGAUUCCGAACACAAGUGAUAAAUGACAAUCAAAAUCAUGGCAUUGAAGACGAGUUAUUUCAAAGUAGAUCUAAACUACACUUAACUGUUGUCCCGCUUUUGUUGAGCGACCAAAAUGACAGAGAAAAAGCCACACAAAUACUUGACAAUUGUCUUCGUAAUGUCAUAAAACCAUUGACUGGCGGACAACCUAUUGGUGUCCAACUUAAGGGCAUUGACUAUAUGAAUGACGAUCCGACACAAGUGAAUGUGUUGUACGCAAAAGUUGUCGACAUGUCUGACAAUAAAUGCUUGCAAACCAUUGCUGACCACAUCUUUGAUUCAUUUGCCGAAAGUGGACUAAUAAGUGGAGCAAAGCAUGAAUUUGAUAGAGUCAGUGGUGGCGCUAAAGUCAAACUACACGUAACUUUGAUGAACUCCAAGUUUAGACUCAAGACAUACGGUCAGCAAAGAGAUUGGCGAAGAAAUCAACCAAAAAGACAAACGUUUAACGCAACAAAUGUAUUGAAACAAUUUGGUGACUAUUGUUUCGGUCAAAUAGACGUUAAAUCUAUUGAAAUAUCCGAUAGACACUCAAACAAAGGAGUCGACGGUUAUUAUUCUCAUUCAUCGAGAAUAGAGUUUUGA